GUCAUGUUCGUGCAUCUCCCUUUUUGUAUGUGUGUGUGCUUCCAGGGCAUCUUGCAUUGUACGCCUCACCGCCAGCCUGCCUGCAGUCAGCUCUCGUACCGUACCGCCCGUCGUCCCUCCCCUGUCCGUCCUUGUUUGUAGUCGGCAAGUGCCCAAAUAUCUAGAUGGCAGUUGCCGCCCCGGUCUCCAUCUUUGACCACCUCAUUCCGUCUUGUUGACGAGCGAAAAGAGGACAAAAGACGUGAAAUCGGCAAGCCAGUCCACCGACACAUUUACCCCCAGCCCCAUAAAGUGGGCAUUUUCUACGCUGCCAACACCAGCAGAAGGAUCACUGUUGGUGCAGGAUUAACACACACACCCGUCCAAGCCUCCAAGACCGCACCUCCCAAGUCCACUCCUUGCCGUCGAUCCUCCCAGCCAUCCUAUCGUUGACUCCAUCCUGCCAAUUUCCACCCCACCGACCGAGCAUCAACAUCAACAUCGUCGUCACCAGCCUUGCCGCCAACCAAGCUCACAGCCUGACAAGUCGACCACCAACCGAGACCAACCGAGACUACUUCAGUGCCUCGAGCUUCCGCCCUUUUUCCUGACCCCAUCCUCACUUCCCCCAUCCUCCCCCCCCCAGAGAACAGACAGAGACCAAUACUGUUUAAUUUCCCUCCCUCCUCUCCGUUUUUUUGGGGGCCCUCUUGUUGGAUGCCCCAUUUUCUCUGAUCAAUCUUGUUGUUCCCCACCACCCCUGCACUCUUGUGUGCCGUCCUCCUCCCCCUGCUCCAUCUGGUCUGGCCUGGCCUGGCCCGUCACCCCGUCCUGCCCGUCCGUCACCGUUGCAUCCUGGUCACCAUUCAGUUCCCAUCCUAGUGGGCCCGCUUGCGUCUUCUCGAAGCUCUUCAUUGCGACUGCCGUCAUCACCACCACUCAAAAGUCGAGGCAUAUCCCACCUCUCAUCCGCCCACCUUCUUUCGAGCUCUCUGUCCCAGACGUGCCUGCCUGCCAUUUUUCGACGUCGUGCCGUCUUCGAAGUCAAACCCAUAACCCCAACCCACAUCGUUGGUGCGGGUUCCUGCAUUAGGCAACGCGUCUCAAGGUUAGGUUUGUGGACAAGGUCGCACCCACGCCAACGUCGCAGUAAAGACCAUCGUCAGUAUGGCCUCGCCAAGAUCGAGGCUUAUUUCGGGCGCGGUCGCCACCACCGGCCUUGUCGCCUCCGCUCUGGCUCAGUCGGCAGCAUCCACACUCAGCUUCGAGGUCUCUGAAUCGGCCCCCUCAGGCAUCUCCCAGACUGUCGACCUUUCCUUUGGCGGCUUCGGCAUCGAGCCCUCAAACCUCUUUGCCUACACUGGCCAGGAUGAGCCAAACCGUCUGUCCAUAACCCUGCUCGAGAACCUGGGAAACUACACAGGCAAGCCACCCCACAUUCGACUCGGCGGCAACACCCAGGACUACAUGAUCUAUGAUAAGUCCCAAGAUAAAUGGGCCCAGAUCACCAACCCAGAUCAGAAGGGGGAUGGCAACAUCGCGUGGGACAACAUGCUCAUCGGCCCCCGCUUCUUCGAGGCUGCAAACAGGUUCCCUACGGGCACCCCCUUCACCUGGGGCCUGAACCUGGCCUACAAUGAGGACGACUACAUCGACAAGAUCGUCGACAUGGCCAGCCAGAUCAUCGAGCGAUGUGACAACCUGGACAUCGUCUCGUUCGAGAUCGGCAACGAGCCAGACCUUUACAGCACCAACGGCUUCCGGAACGGCUCCUACGUAUCUUCAGUCUACUCCGAGGAGUGGCACGAGCGUGCUGCCGCUGUCUAUGAGCAGGUCCUCAAGCCUGCUGGCCUGCCCACCAACUUCUUCGAGGCCAGUGGCACAUCCCACACCAGUGGUACCACCUUCGAGAUCCAGGAGAUGGACAAGUCCGGUGUCGACUCCAAAUUCAACGGCGUCGAGUACCUAUCCAGCUGGAACCAGCACUGCUACUCCUACUUCGUCAAUGUGACCGAGGGCAAGGCCCUCACCAUGGACCUCAUCAUGAGCUUCGACUACGUCGAGUCCCAGUUUGCCGACUGGGUCACCCAGAUCGAGCAGGCCCACGAGACAGGUUUCCCCUACGCUCUGCGCGAGAUGGGUAUGGUUGGGCCUUUGGGCGUCGCCAACGUCAGCGACACCUUCGGCGGCGCGCUGUACACCCUCAAUUUCCUCCUCUGGGCCGCCUCCAUCAACAUGACCAGCGUGCAAUUCCACAUGACCGCCAACAGCUUCACAACCGCAUGGCAGCCUCGCGCCAACGCUGGCGGUGGGCCUCACGUCCGCCCCAUCUACUACGGACAUGCCGCCUUCAACGAGAUCAUCGGCCCCACCUGCGCCGCCCAGAUCUACCAGGACACUCUCACCAACGUGCCCUCAGGCUACAGCGAGUACGUCAGGGCUUACUCUAUCUACCAGGGCGGCUCGCUGCAGUCCAUCGCCGUGCUGAACAGCAAGGUGUCCAACACGACCGAGGCCAACAAGGCCAAUGUGACCGUGUCAGUGUCGCUGCCGACGUCACUGGCCGGCAAGACGGUGCACCUGGCGCGCCUGACGAACGAGGGGAUGGACGCCAAGUUCAACACCACCUGGAACGGUGUCAGCUUUGAGCAGGAUAGCGUGGGCACGCAGACGCAGGUCGACGACACAGAGGAGACGGCGACGGUCGGCGACGACGGCACCCUGUCUUUCAGCGUGCGCGACGCCCAGGCUGUCGUGGCCAACCUUGAGUCGCCCCUCGGCAAGGGCCUUGAGCCCGACGAGACUGCAUGCGCCGCCCAAGCGUCCCGCAGCCCUGGCACCCACAGGAGCACCGCGGGUUCGUCCUCUGAAUCGUCGUCCUCCGCAUCGGCUACGAGUAAGCCUGACAGCAGCAAAAUCUCCGGCGAAAAUGACAGUUCCUCUAGUGACGGCGCUGACUCCUCUGCAGGAUCACCGGCCCUGGCGACAAUGUCGACCGGUGCCCUUGUGACAUGUCUUGUACCCUUCGUUUCUCUAAUCACGGGCUUCUUCCUUUUCUAAGGAUCUUUUGUCCCACACCCCUUACAACUUUUAUGAUCUUUGGCUCAAUGUCUUUUCCUACUUCUUUUCCAUCACUCAUCUCAUCAUCCCGCUCCUAUGAGUGGGCUCAUUUGUUGCGAAGGACAGGGGCAGAGCUCUUGGAUGAAGCACAGCUUCAACAAUCAUGACGAAAGGCAUGCGUUGGCGUACACGUGAGGGCAACAGCAUUACGGCCAUAUUUUCUUGUUUUUCGUUUACUUUACACGCCCCGAGUUGAGGGAGGCAUCCGAUACACACGUACGCAUUGCAUUGGUUUGGAGUUACUCGCACCAAUUGUUUCAUUAUUUCGGUUUUUCUCCGCGAGAAAGCAUAUGCGGCUGUUUGGAUUUGGAAAGAUGAAACGCGAUGGCCUAUCCCCUCACAACGACAUUUGUUUUACUCAGGCUACCACCUGCUAGAAGUUGAGCAUCUCAGGAUGGAGGACAGGAGGAACGAGGAUGGGUCGUGAGUGUGCGGAUUUGUUGGUUAAUCUGGAGAAGACCAAGGAUCUUUUGUUGACAGACAGAUCGCCGGCUGAGAGAGGCGGACGCAAGAACAGCCGCGGGAUAGACGUUUUGCAGCAUGAAGAACAUACACGAGGCAUAGAAUACCCUAGGGUAGACUCGGGCUGACUCAAUAAUGUCGAGACUAAUCGCCAACAAG